CUUUUUUGUCUUUUUUUUCUUCUUUUAUAUAUUUUUUGAAAAGAAAUGAAUCUCUUCUUCGGCAAAGCAAAGUCAAAAACAACAGCCAAGGAUGCUAUUUAUAAGCUACGUGAAACUUUGGACAUGUUGGAGAAAAGACAGACAUUUUUAGAAACAAAGGCAGAGAACGAACUAAAGAUUGCCAAACUGAAUGCUACAAAGAAUAGAAGAGUUGCUUUAAUGGCACUUAAAAGAAAGAAGGCAUAUGAAGGCAACAUUGAGAAAAUAAACGGGGCUAGAAUGACAAUUGAAACACAAAUGAUGGCUAUUGAGAAUGCUAAUGUUAACUUGGAGACUAUGAGUGCUAUGCGUGCUGGUGCCGAAGCUAUGAAGAAUAUACAUGGAUCAAUGGAUAUUGAUAAGGUGGAUGCAACAAUGGACGAUAUCCGUGAUCAAAUGGAUAUUGCAAAUGAAAUUUCAGAAGCUAUUUCUAGACCAGUUGGUGUGGGAGAUGAGUUGGAUGAGGAGGAGUUGCUUAAUGAAUUGGAAGAGUUGGAACAAGAAGAAUUGGAUGCCAAGAUGUUAGAGACGCCUUCACCAGUUAUCACUGCUCCCAAUGUACCUGUGCAUGUACCAGCUUCCAGAACUAAUGACAUCGAGGAUGAUGAAGAGGCAGAGCUUAAGGCUCUUCAAGCCAGUAUGGCAAUGUAAUAUUAUACAUUUAUUAUUUCCCCCCUUUUACCUUUAUAUCAUGUGGUUCUAAUGCAUGACGCAUCACUUUACAUUUUAUAUUCAUAUAAAAAAGAGAGAAACAUUGGCUCGA